CUUCUACGGUUAGCCAAUGAGUGGGUUUCAACAGUUUCUCAAAAAUUCCUCUUUCUUCAUCUUUAUACCUUCAUCAUGUUAGAACUUCUUAUUUUUUCUGUCAAAAUUGCAAAUAAAAUCUUGCAUAAACGCCCCAAAAUUUGGCAAUCUCCGCCGUGCACAGAAACUUCGCCGCCGCGAAGUCGAUCGGGAUGGGGCAAGGCGAUCGGGCUGAAUCCCUGCAGCCCAAAAUCUCAACUGUCUAUUUCCCGAGCCGCGAAGUCCCCAAACAUAUACCAUUCUUUUCCCCAAGGAUCGUACGCUGCUCGAAAAUGCGAGGGAUCAUAUUUGCUCGGUGAUCCUCCAUACAAGUACAAACAUAAUGAAGCUGUGAACUUAUGCUUCAAUAAAUUCUACCUUCACAAUAAUAACAUUACAUCUUCAAACCAAGAGUUCAACUUUUACAAAGCUUUUACAAAACGUCCGCUUCUCUCCAUCUUACAGCUACAGGUUAGUCACAGUUCUUCUUUAUGCAAAUGUAACCUCAAAUUUGAAGGGAUAAAGUUUGAAGAAAAGGAAGUCAAAAAUCGUUGUCCAGUAUCAGGAAAUUUAGAAAAUUUGGAAGUUACUAAAACCUGCAAAAAACGAAAAAGAACAGGUGAAUCACAAAGAGAAGGUAGAAAUUUAUUACAAUGUGUAUCAUCCGAGCCUUGGGUGUUUAAAGAGAACCCAAAAUGCAUAUAUUGUGGAGCUGUGAGGAUGCCUUAUGAAAGUCCAAAAUUUUGUUGUGGUGAUGGAAAAAUAGUAAAAAUGUCGAGGAAAUAUCUUUCAAUCAACCAAGUUGAUGAUCAUGUUGAAGGCUGGACGGUGUUAAUUCAGGUGGUGGAACGCAGCCAUAUCAUGCUCGAUCGAAAAGGUUCAACUACACUUAGACGUCACCUGUACACGGAGAAUCGUUCUUUUGUGGUAAACAGCAUAAAGGCAGGCACUUAUAAAGAUCCAACAAUUUUGUUCUCACCUCCUGCCGACCAAGACAUUUUAGACAUUGAAACAGCACUAGCUAUUUUGAAGGAUGAAAAAACUGCUUGGGUAAAAGGAACUCUAAAACUAGCAGCCAAUCAUCGCUCGAUGUGGUUUAGUGCAUGUGGAAACUGUCAAAAGUCUAUUAACGCUCCUCUAGAUUGGAACAUAAAAUGCCCAACUUGCAACCAAGAAACCACUGGGCGGAGUACUUAUGCUGAAGUGGCAGCUGCAAUAGGGAAAAAAGAAGUCAUUUGUUUUGUUCGCCAUUACAGCAUUGACUCUCCCAGAGCAAGUAAUCAAGAAACAGGUAGCCAAGUCGGAAAUCACCACAGGUACACCGUUAUCAAACUGUACACAGCAGAAGAAACUCAACAGAGAAAAUUAAACCACUUGGUUGAUCCUUUUGAUACCUCUGGUCAUGGGAAGUCUAUUGCCAACAUUAACUCAAGUGGUUCAUCGAGUCAGCAGAUUGCUUUUGACAACUUCAUUGAUCAGACUAUGCAAGAAAAGCAAUGUUUCAGCCCUACUACAAGCAAAGUGUUGGAAGCAACUGCUGGAAAUGUAGAGGAAACUUCAGCUUCAAAAAACCCUAAACCCACAGCAAAAAGACCUCUUGCUUACACAGAUGAUGUAAUGGAAACAGAUCUCCCGACAAAAAACACCUGCACCACACAAAAAACCACGAGAAAAGAAUGACUGAACCACUAACUACCCAAGAUCUUCAGCAUGGUAGCUUUUGUGUUAUUAAAACAUCAUUUUGCUAAUGCUUUUUGCUAUAUUAGUGUUAUUAAGCAAUCACAGUGCUUAAUAAAUGCUAAUAUAUUUGUCAGUUACUCCUUUUGUUAUGUAUCUAUAUGAUGUUAUACUUUUAAUACUCCACUUUAUCAGCUGCUUCUUUUGUUGUAUAUAUGUAAUGUGAAAUGCAAGAAAUGCAUGUACUACAUAACUAAUUGGCUAUGUUUAAUUAAGGUGUUUCUUCUUUUGCAUAAAAUAAGCGUAUCCUCGUGAAUCGUGAUUAGUCAUUGUAGUAAAUGCAUGUUCAAGUUUCUUUGCUUCUUUAUACACUUUUUUGCAAUAACUGUUGUAAAUGUGAU